GGGGGUAGGCCAGGGAGGUAGGGAUCCCAGGGGGUCGGGACGGGAAGGGAACAAGGGAAGAGGGCCAGGGUAUCAUAGGAGAGCUUUUGGACCAAGGAAGCAUUCAGCCCCGCGGGAGGCCAGUCAAAGCCAGACCUUUUUCCUCUGCGUGAAGGCCAAGAAGCCUCAAGACCAGAACUUCGCCAUGUCUAUUAUCAAGAUCAUUGCCAGGGAGAUCUUGGACUCUCGUGGAAACCCCACAGUUGAGGUUGAUCUCCACACUCAUAAAGGUAUCUUCCGAGCUUCUGUGCCCAGUGGUGCUUCUGUUGGCGCCCAUGAAGCCUUAGAACUUCGAGACAAUGAUGAGACUUACUUCCUGGGAAAAGGUGUUCUAAAAGCUAUUGAGAAUAUCAACCAAAUUAUUGCCCCAGCCCUGAUUCAGAAGAAACUUUCUGUCCUGGAGCAGGGGAAAAUCGAUCGACUGAUGAUGGAGUUGGAUGGCACAGAGAACAAAAGUAAACUUGGUGCAAAUGCCAUCCUGGGAAUAUCUCUGGCUGCCUGCAAGGCCGGAGCUGCGGAGAGAUGUGUCCCCUUGUCCCGCCAUAUCGCUGACCUGGCUUGUAAAGAAGAUGUCAUCCUACCUGUACCAGUAGGCUUCAGUGUGAUCAAUGGUGGCGUCCAUGCUGGUAACAAGCUGGCCGUGCAGGAGUUCAUGAUCCUCCCAACAGGAGCUGAGAACUUCAAGGAGGCCAUGCGCAUUGGGACUGAAAUCUACCAUAACCUGAAGGACGUGAUUAAGGAGAAAUACGGGCAAGAUGCCAUCAAUGUGGGGGAUGAAGGCGGCUUUGCUCCUAACAUCGUGGAGAAUAAAGAAGCUCUUGAUCUGCUGAAAAACGCAAUUGCGAAGGCUGGUCACACUGAGCAGGUCGUCAUCGGCAUCGAUGUGGCUGCCUCACAGUUUUACAAGGACGGGAAGUACAACCUGGGCUUCAAGUCUCCCGAGGAUGACCCCAGCAGAUACGUCACAGCUGAGGAUCUGGGGAACCAAUACAAGUCUCUUAUCAAUGAGUACCCAGUGGUGUCUAUUGAAGAUCCUUAUGACCAGGAAGACUGGGACUCUUGGAAGAAGUUUACUUCUAAUGUAGACAUCCAGGUGGUAGGAGAUGACCUCACAGCAUCCAAUCCUGAUCUCAUCCGAAAGGGCAUCAUGGAAAAUGCUUGCAACUGUCUCCUGCUCAAAGUGAACCAGAUUGGCACUCUCACAGAAACUAUCCAGGCGUGCAGGCUGGCCCAGUCUAAUGGGUGGGGAGUCAUGGUUUCCCAUCGUUCUGGAGACACUGAAGACACCUUCAUUGCAGACCUAUCAGCAGGUCUCUGCACUGGGCAGAUUAAAGCUGGCGCCCCUUGCCGAUCUGAGUGUGUGGCCAAGUAUAAUCAGCUUCUCAGAAUUGAAGAACAGCUGGGCAACCGAGCUAAAUUUGCUGGUAAGAACUACAGAAAACCUGCUCCAGUUUGCCCAACGGAUAAACCUCCCGCAGUCACCACCCUAGCAAUUUUUAUGUGCCAUCUCAAAAAGCAGCGGUAACCCAGGGGCAUCGCUGUAUCUCUGGAGGGACAGGUUCCUACUGGGCUAAUAAAUCAUCUUUCUACCCCUUUGUCAUUGAAAAA